AUGGAAGAACAAACACAAACAGUUAUUGAUCAAAAUGUUGUUGAAACAUCACCAACCAUUUCUGCACCUACUGCUUUUUGGAAUGAACAGCUCAACAUUGCGACAAAUUUUGAAAGCGAUUUCAAGAACCAUUCAUUACCUUUAGCUAGAAUCAAAAAAGUAAUGAAAAGUGAUCAGGAAGUCAAGGCAGGUUUUUUCUUCUUUCCAUUACCACUUGAUAUGAUUAGCGCAGAGGCGCCAAUUAUAUUUUCUAAAGCGUGUGAAAUCUUUAUAACAGAAAUUACCAUGAGAGCUUGGAUUCACGCAGAAGAAAAUAAACGGCGUACAUUACAACGAAGUGACGUUGCAUCAGCUGUCAAUAGAUCUGAUCAAUUCGAUUUUUUGAUAGACAUUGUUCCUAGAGAAGAAAUGGCAAAAACUGUAAAUAGAAGACAAAAGGAAGAAACUUCUACAGAACAAGUUUUCAGCGAUCAAAAUGUCUCGGCAUAUUACACACAACAACCUGGUCUUCAAUUCACAUCAGAAAAUGAAACGGCUAGUUAUUUCCAACAAUCAAAUAAUUAG